AUGCGUCCGAAGAUGACGCUCCUGUUGAUUUAUUGUUUUCUGAUUUUCCAUCGUGUGUCGCCGGAGUUGACUCAUGGAUUUGCCGCGAAUUCCAAUGAUGAAAACGAUACAUGGAAACACGAUUUGGAGCUGAGUCCCAGACAUAGGAUUAAGGACUCCAGUUACCUGCUGGACAGGUAUCCCAUAAGAGAAUUACCAACUGAUUCCCUAAAUUGCCAUAGACCAGCAAAAUGUGUGGAGAUGCAGAGGAGUACAUGUAUGGGUACAAGAUUGCCAUAUACCACUACCACAUUGGAUCUUAUACCUGAACAUGUAACUCAAGAUAAUACAGAGGAAAAAUUACAUGUUUUACAAGCAUUAAGACAUAUGCCAAAGUGUUGGGCAGUUGUUCAACCCCUUUUGUGCUCAAUAUUUAUGCCAAAAUGUAUCAAUGAUACAGUGGACCUACCAUCACAAGAGAUGUGUAAAAUGGUUUCAGGGCCCUGUAGAAUUGUGUUUAAUCACACAAUAUGGCCAAGUUUUGUUAAAUGUGAAAAUACAGAGUUAUUUCCUAGAUUAUGCAAAAAUGAUAUCAGAGAAUUAAAGUUUAAUAUUUCUAGUAAAUGCCUGAAACCAUUAGUCCCAACUGAUAAUGCACUUGCUAUCUUUGAAGGAGUUGAAGGUUGUGGAACACAAUGCAAUGACCCACUUUUUACACCAGAUGAGCAUAAACAAAUUCAUUCUUUUAUUGCUUGGGCUGCAGGAAUCUGUGGUUCAUUUAAUUUAUUCACAGUUAUAACAUUUUUAAUUGAUUGGAGAAGUGCAAAUAAAUACCCAGCUUUAGUUAUAUUUUAUAUAAAUUGUUGUUUUAUGGUAUCUUGUAUUGGGUGGCUAGCUCAAUUUACACCAGGAAGCAGGGAAGUAAUUGUGUGCAGAAAAGAUGGAACUUUAAGAAUGAGUGAACCAAGUGGAGAAAACUUAUCAUGUGUCGUAGUAUUUGUCCUUGUGUAUUACUCCCUUAUGGCAGCUAUGGUGUGGUUUGUCAUUCUCACUUAUGCUUGGCAUAUGAGUUUUCAAGCACUAGGCAAAAUCCAGGACAGGAUUGAUAAAAAAGGGGCAUACUUUCAUUUAAUUGCUUGGUGUUUACCACUUGUCCUCACUGUCACAAUCAUGGCACUAGGAGAAAUUGAUGGGAAUAGUGUUACUGGUAUAUGUUUUGUGGGUUACACUAAUCAUGCAGUCAGAGCUUGGUUUUUGCUUGGCCCUGUGUUGAUUGUCUUACUGGUUGGAGGAUACUUCUUAUCCAGAGGAUUAAUUACGUUAAUUCGAUUAAAGAUAAGUAGCCAAGAAAUAAUAUCAGAAAGGGCUAGUUCAAAAAUACGAGAGACUAUUGUGCGCAUGGGUCUAUUUUCGAUUUUCACUUUCGCUGCAGUUGUGGUGACGUUUUACUGCCAUGUUUAUGAAUUCCAGCAUUCUUGGGAAUGGCGUCAAAGUUUUAGAAAUUACAUGAUAUGUGCAAUAACGACCAAGUACUUGGACAUCUCCGAAUGUAAAAUGGAGGUUCGACCGAGUGCAGCUAAAAUGCAAUUGCAUUUACUUUCGCCAUUUUUCGCCGGUAUUCUCAUGUCUUCAUGGGUUUGGACCGGUUCAACUGUAGAUACUUGGACCAGAUUUCUUAGAAGGACUUUCAAUUGCGAGACUGAAGAACCUAUUAGACUGAAAAAACACAAAGUUAUCGCUCAAGCAUUUGCUAAACGGAAGACAUUUAACAACGCUGGUCGAUUGUCCAUUAGCUUCCACAAUACUCACGAGGAUCCAGUUGGUUUAAAUUUCGACCUAAACUCCGUCGCCUCUCAAGAUUUCAGUUCGACAUGGGCAGCUGCUUUACCAAAGCUAGUUACUCGUAGAGGAGCCCUCGUCGGUGGUACGACAGGCUCUGUAUCCAGCAACAGAAGAAAUUCCGUAGAUUCUGAGAUCAGUUUUAGCGUACGUCGAGUAUCCGUGGAAUCCAGACGAAACUCUCUAGACUCUCAAAUAUCAGUUCAAAUAGCUGAACUGAAAACAACGCGAAAAGUCGCCAGCAGCUCACGCGGUCGACGCGGAAAACGGCGACGAGAUUUUGGAAAAUCAAGAUCGGGCAAAGUGGGUCCAUUGUUCAGAAGAGGUAGCACAACGUCACAAGAAAGUCAACUUGGUGCACAGAUACUGUCAGCGUUAACCAUAGGUGGCAAUUCACGAGUACCGCCCAUGCAAGUGCCUAACAUGAAGAGACGAUCUGCUAGUGCCGGUCUGGACGAUCGUACCCUGAAUCCCAAGUUGUUUGAUGGAAAGAACGCAGGCAUGCUUUUGCCAUUUCUGUUUCCAGGACAAAGUGGCAGUGACGAGAACUUAAGCAGUGAGGAAAAGCGGCACCAAGGAAUGUCAGGAAAGGACGUGGACGUGGAAGGUAGAAAUAUAGAGAAGGAUGAUCAAGACAGUGACAGCGAUGACAGUCAGCCAGAGGAAGAAGCAAAGAUGUUAGACCCAGAAGAACCGCAAGAACGCAGCAAGAGCAAAACCAGCAACAAGAGCUCUAAGAGUUACAGUCAUGAAAGCGAUAGACGAAGUAGAGAGGGUCGAAGGAGCAAAUACUUGCUCCAGGACGAAACCAUAUUGAAGCAUCUGUUUCAAGAGACCAGCGACAUCAAAUUGAAAAGCGACGCAGAGAUAAAAGAGGUAUACAGAAAAGCUGGAAUAGGAAAUCUUGCGUCUAGUCUAAGCUCAUGUUGCCCUGAAUUGACAAGACUCAUGCAGUCUGACGGACAGACUGGCAACGCUCGAGAAAUGGCGACGCAAACGUCGUUGCCGCUGGACAUUUUAGAAAUGGAGGAGUUGAAGCAAAGCAUAGACGAGAUUAUCAAUAAUCGUCAUUGUAGCUCGAAGGGAACGCAGAUUUCACCGAAGUUGAACAAAAACAAAAAUAUUGUCACGUAA